GCUGGGGGAUCACGUGGCACGGCCUCAGCCCCCUUCCUGCCAACGCUGCAUUUGGCUCAAGCCCGGGUCAUGGCUGCCCUUGGUACCCUGAACUGACAGUUGGAGGGUCCUGCGUUGUGACCCCUCCCCCGCGGUCAAGCGCUGCUGCGGUGGGGCAGGGCCUGCGACGGAGGUCGAUAGAGUGGAUGAAGGAAGGAUAGAGGACCCUGGGAAGGGCGGGGCUGGACAUGAGGAGGAGGCCGCGCCUUUGCCGGGACGCUUGGCUUACGCUGCUGCUCAGCGCCGCCCUCGGAUUCCUGCUCUACACGCAGCGCGAUGGGGCAUCUCCCACAACCAGAGCACCACCAGCGCGAGGACGACAGCUCCCGCGGCCCACUCCGGGUCUCCAAGCACGCGAGCCCCCCAACACCGCCCGCGCGGCCCCGCUGGCCUACGAGGGGGACACCCCGGUGCCGCCCACGCCUACGGACCCAUUUGACUUCGGCAGGUAUCUGCGCGCCAAGGACCAGCGGCGCUUCCCGCUGCUCAUCAACCAGCCGCGCAAAUGCCGCAGGGACGACGCAGCUGGCGGUUCCCCCGACUUGCUCAUCGCGGUAAAGUCUGUGGCCGCCGACUUUGAGCGGCGGGAAGCUGUUCGCCAGACUUGGGGCGCCGAGGGUCGCCUGCAGGGGGCACUCGUGCGCCGAGUGUUUUUGUUGGGCGUUCCCAAGGGGGCAGGCACGCGGACACACUGGCGCGCUCUGCUGGAGGCUGAGAGUCGAGCUUAUGCAGACAUUCUGCUCUGGGCUUUCGAAGACACCUUUUUCAAUCUAACGCUCAAGGAGAUUCACUUUCUAUCUUGGGCCUCAGCAUUCUGUCCAGAUGUACACUUUGUUUUUAAGGGCGAUGCAGAUGUGUUCGUGCACGUGAGGAACCUGCUGCAGUUUCUGGAGCCGCGGGAUCCGGCACAGGACCUUCUUGCUGGUGAUGUGAUUGUGCAAGCAAGGCCAAUCCGAGCUAGAGCCAGCAAGUACUUCAUCCCUCAGGCUGUGUAUGGACUGCCCGUUUACCCUGCCUAUGCAGGUGGCGGUGGCUUUGUCCUUUCGGGAGCCACGCUCCGCCGCCUGGCUGAUGCCUGCUCACAAGUUGAACUCUUUCCCAUAGACGAUGUCUUUCUAGGCAUGUGUUUGCAGCGCUUGCGGCUCACACCUGAGCCUCAUCCCGCGUUUCGCACCUUUGGCAUCUCCCAGCCUUCAGCUGCACCACAUCUUCGAACCUUCGACCCCUGUUUCUACCGAGAACUGGUGGUAGUACAUGGGCUGUCUGCAGCCGACAUCUGGCUUAUGUGGCGCUUGCUACAUGGGCCUCAGGGGCCAGUCUGUGCACAUCCACAGCCUGUGGCAACAGGUCCCUUCCAAUGGAAUUCUUAGCUAUCUCUCACGGUAUCAAACGUCUCUUACUCAGCCGCAUGAUGGAACAUGAAAGGGCCCAAAGGGGUUUUCCAUGUGGGUUUAUGGUGUACAUGGCUUUUCUCCAUAUCACUCAAUGUGUAGUGCUGACCCAUUGAGACAGCCAGGGCUAAAGUGGUAGUCCGUGACUUGACCAGCACAGAAGCUGGCACACUUAAAUACUAGUAGUCAGCAGCACUAUUUUGUGUGCCAGUGGGAGCUUGGCUUUCCAGGAUGCUUAGGAUGAUACAAACACAAGCUGAUCUGGCAGGCAUUUUCCUAUAGUUAUUAGCUUCCUUCCUUCUCCACAUUGGAUUCCCAGUGGCCCUAUCUUAUCUGUCCCCUUUGAGGUCUGGUGUUAGAGCUAACUUACCCUUCAGGUCCAGGUUUGCCUGUAGCACGAGGGAUGGGGCCAUGAUGUUUCAUGGUCUUGCCCGCUAUAUUCACACACACAACUAUGCCAAUGCACUUCUAAAGGGUGACCCAUCCCCUUCCCGGAAGGAAUCCUAAGAUUCCUUCACUAGAAAAUUUCCCACAUUCUUCAACUACAGUUCCAAGGAAACCAACAGUUCACAUUUUAGUACAAACACCCCAGUGGCAGCAUGUGGCAAGCUGUCACUGGAAGCAUAGGUGCUUUAUUGGGAUGGGGACAAGGAAGUCCUCUGUUCAAGAGGAUGGGAAGAGUCCUGGCUACCCUGACAGUGCGAUGUGCAGGGUCUCUGGCCAGACGAAGGUCCAAAUGGGAAGACACCUGUCAAUCAGUCAUGGGAGUGCCACACAGGCCUGGCUGUAGGCCCAGGAACCAUACAGUCAGCUGGGGCAGGUCCCCUGCACAUUCAUCAUGAACUAUACAAGAUGAGGCUGUACAUGAGUUAAUUACAAAAGUCAUUAUUUACAAAA